UCUGCAUUCAGCAGUCUUUUACAGGAUGUGAUAUUUAGUUCAUUUUUUUUAUUGCUUCCUAUUCAUUUUAACUAGAUAAUAACUUGUUUUAUAUUUUAAUUUAUGGUUAAAUUAAUUAGUUUUAAGUGUAUAAUUAUAUCACAGCCAAAAUGAUUAUGUCCCAUUUAACGAUUAUUUAACAUUUUUACGCACCUAUGGGCCCAAGAACACUCAUGUUUAAGGUAAUCUAAAAAUAGUCAAUGUUUAUUUAGGUGGAGUCAAAAACAAUAAUGUUUUAAUGUCAAUCAGUUAGUAUUUUUUUUCUAACUCAUUAAAAUGUCUGAUGAUGAGGACAAGCCCCCAGCUCCUCCAGUCCGUCUCACGAGUAAUAGUUUUAGAGUUGCUCGUGGAGAUUCUGUAUCAAAUUUGGAUAUUAUGCGGCCUCUACCAAAAGAACCUGAUUCAGAUCACAAAAAGAAAACAUCAAAAAGUCGAAUGACUGGUAGACUGAAAACGCGGGGUACUGGGUGUGAAGAUAAACCAGAAAUAUCUUAUCCAACUAAUUUUGAACAUACUAUGCAUGUAGGCUUUGAUGCACAUACUGGCGAGUUCACUCUGCCAUAUAAAGGUAUGCCAGAAGCAUGGGCUCGACUUUUAAUAACGUCUAAUAUAAGCAAACAAGAACAAAAAAAGAAUCCUCAAGCAGUUUUAGAUGUUCUUAAUUGGUUUGAUAAUUCCAGUAAACAAUCAAAGACUUCCAAGUAUAUGACCACAGCUUCAAAUAUUGUACAAACCAGUUCUCAAACUCCAGAAGUAUUAGAGCGUAGUGCACAUAGUGGGGGCAGUUCAUCAUAUUCGGGUGUCAGUAGUAGCCAACCAUCUUCAUCAACAGGUAGCACUAGUCCCUCACUGACAACCACUCCUACAACAGAUGAACAAACAUCUCCUCCACCUCCAGUAUCUGUACGUCCAGAACGUACAAAAUCUGUAUAUACCAAACCAAUAGAAGAAGAUGAACCUAGGUCUAUCACCCAAGAAGAACCUAAAGUAGUCUCACCAGUUCCACUUCACCGGCCUAGUCAAACUAAUGGAACCAUUCCAAUAUUGGAUAAAAAUAAAAACAAUACAACUGCUACUACCCGUAAAAAAGUUGCAGAUAAUGAGAUAUUAGAACAACUUAAGACUAUAGUAACAGUUGGUGAUCCAAACAGAAAAUAUACCAAAAUGGAAAAAAUUGGUCAAGGAGCAUCUGGAACAGUGUAUACAGCUAUUGAAACAUCCACAGGAAUGGAAGUGGCUAUAAAACAAAUGAAUUUAGGUCAACAGCCAAAGAAAGAGCUUAUUAUUAAUGAAAUACUAGUCAUGCGAGAAAAUAAACAUGCAAAUGUUGUGAACUAUUUAGAUAGUUACUUAGUACAAGAUGAACUUUGGGUUGUAAUGGAGUAUUUACCGGGAGGUAGUUUAACAGAUGUUGUUACAGAAACUUGUAUGGAUGAAGGUCAAAUAGCUUCUGUAUGUCGAGAAGUACUUCAAGCCCUUCAGUUUUUACACUUCAAUCAAGUUAUACAUAGAGACAUAAAGUCUGAUAACAUUUUACUUGGAUUAGAUGGUAGUGUUAAACUUACUGACUUUGGAUUUUGUGCUCAAAUUUCACCUGAGCAGUCCAAACGUACUACAAUGGUUGGUACACCAUAUUGGAUGGCUCCAGAAGUAGUUACGCGUAAACAGUAUGGUCCCAAAGUUGACAUAUGGUCAUUAGGUAUAAUGGCUAUUGAAAUGAUUGAAGGGGAACCGCCAUACUUGAAUGAAAAUCCCUUAAGAGCAUUAUAUUUGAUUGCAACUAAUGGAAAACCAGAGAUCAAAGAGAAAGAAAAAUUAUCUCCUAUUUUUCAAGACUUUUUGGAUCAGUGCCUUGAAGUAGAGGUUAAAGAUCGUGCAUCAGCCUCUGAACUUUUAAAACAUCCAUUUUUGAAGCUUUCCAGACCUUUGGCUAGCCUGACUCCUUUGAUAAUGGCUGCUAAACAAGCUGCUAAAGGUCAUUGAUACUUGGGGUGGAAAAACAAAAAGUGUUUCUUCAGUUUGAAUCCAGCCAUAUUAUUUUAUUAAACAACGAGCCUGUCAUCUAUCAAUCUUAUUGAUUUUUUAUUAUUUAUAAUAAUGUAACAUUAAUUAACAAUUAUUAUUAGUUAUGGUCAGAAAUAAUGUUUGAAUACAUUCUCUUUUUACAUAUCUUCUCA